UGAAAGGUCACAAACAUGGCGCUGGCCGCCCGUCUCCUACCUCUGCCCCUGCUUUCUCGGCCCCCGCCCGGCCGGGCCACCCGACUCUGGACUGUCGGUACCACCGAGGUGAGGCUGACGCUGACUGAAUUUUGCUGCCUGUGUCGCCGUCGCCUGGGCUCAAGCGCGGCUCCGAUCCCUCGCUGCACUUGGGCCUGGGCAAGCCCGGCGUUGCGUUCCUGGGGCCCCCGAAGGCCCCUUCUCGGCCGGGCAGAACAUCCUCCAGCCCUCGCUUCUUUACCCACUAGUCCCAGCCGCGGCUACAGCACCGAGGAGCAGCCCCAGCCACGCCAGAGAACCAGAAUGAUCAUUCUGGGAUUUUCCAAUCCCAUCAACUGGGUCCGGACUCGAAUUUACGCCUUCCUUAUCUGGGCCUAUUUCGACAAAGAGUUCAGUAUCGCUGAGUUCUCUGAAGGGGCGAAGCAGGCUUUUGCUUAUGUAUCCAAGUUGCUGUCUCAGUGUAAAUUUGAUCUAUUGGAAGAACUUGUAGCCAAAGAGGUGCUGCAGGUAUUAAAAGAAAAGGUUACUUCAUUGUCUGAUAACCAUAAGAAUGCACUUGCUGCAGACAUAGAUGAAAUUGUCUACACAUCAACAGGAGAUAUCUCCAUUUACUAUGAUGAGAAAGGAAGGAAGUUCGUUAACAUCCUGAUGUGCUUUUGGUAUCUGACUAGUGCCAACAUCCCCAGUGAGUCUUUAAGUGGAGCCAAUGUGUUCCAGGUGAAGCUGGGAGAUCAGAGCGUGGAAACUAAACAGCUGCUCAGUGCAAGCUAUGAAUUUCAGAGGGAAUUUACACAAGGAGUAAAGCCUGACUGGACUAUUGCACGGAUUGAACACUCAAAGUUACUGGAAUAAUCUUUCUUGGAAAAAAAUAAAUCAGGGCCUGAACUCUUAAUAACUGUUGUGAAAAACUAAGGAAGACAAGUCUCUGGAUGAUUUGAUUUUAACUUAAUUAAGUCUGUGGAUUACUUUUGUAUUAUUUGGAAAUACUCAGUACAUUGACCUAAUACAAUAAAACAUUUUCCACAGAUUGCUACUGUUCUUUAAAGGAGGUCAAAGGAAAACACAAAACUACAGCACCACAUUGGUGUCCUGUUUAAUAUCAUUCCAAUGCUAUCUAUGUAAAACACACAACUACAACACCACAUUGGUGUCCUGCUGAGUGUCAUUCCAAUGUUUUAUGUGUACAUGUGUCACAGACUAGUUUUAUACAUGUGACUUAUUAAAACUACUAUAUAUCUCUAAAUUAAUGAUCCAAAUUUAAGCCACUGAGCCUAGUAUGUGUGAUCACUAUCCAGAUAAGGACUAGCUAGAACUAUAGCAGCUUGACCUCUGUAGGACAUCCAUGUUUGUUUACAGUUCACAACAGUGAAGAAAUGCAGCCAGCCUAGAUAUCCAUCAGCAAGCACUGGAAUGCAUGAAGAAAAUGUGGCACAUAUACACAGUGGGAAUUUAUUCAGCUGUAAGGAAGAGUGAAAUCAUAUGAAGAAAAUGAAUGAACUGUUAAGUGAAAUGAGUCAGACACAGGCAGUGAUUGCAUGGCUUAUUUGUGGAAUCUAGACUUCAAUUUGUGUUCAUUGGGGAAGGCCGUGAGAUACUAAACGAGGGGUACUAAACGAGGGGCGGAGGAGAUGUUGCGGGAGGAGGAUAAUAGAGCACGUGUGUUGUGGAAUGCAAAGCUUAAGUUGGGGAGAGGGCUGGGGAGGGCGCAGAGCGUAGUUGAGAGACAGAUGAGAAUAACUAAAGUAUAGUGCUGUGUACGGGUGAAGUUCCUAAUGAAACUCAGUACUUGAUAUGUUAAGACACUAAUUUUAAAAGGGGAACUUGAAGCAUAGGAAAGCACAAGAAUCAGGAAUAGAACUGCAUGAAUUUAUGUUUUCAGGACUGACUAUUAGACAAGCCAAGUGGUUUGCUCUUCCCUGGGGAAGACUUUGUCUAACUCAGCAUUUCCUACUUGCCUGUGCAUUAUUGUGUAGAGGAUAGUAUGUUUUUAAAAGAGCUCAUAUGGAGUAGCAUAAUGAAAUUAAUUGGAAACUAGACAGUAUUGCAAAAACAUCUGGACUACAAGAGAAAUACCAUGGGUUGAGGAAUAGGUAUUCCAUACACAGAAACCAAGGAAAGGUGAAUGUAUACUUUUCUCAAAUUUUAAGUGGGAGUUAUUGGGUAAUACCUUUAAACAAUGUCAUAGAGUACUACCUUUUUAGAAAGAUGAAUGUGACAGAAGGCUUUCAGAGAGAAACUGUAAACAGAUUUGUUACUACUAGAUAUGUUUCAGAAUCGCUAAGGACCUUUGGACAAAGUGAAGUUCAAAAAUUGAAAUAUAUAUGUAUAUAUAUAUAUUUCACUUGUCCAUAAAUAUGGAUUUUUACCAAGGUAUCAGAGUAAUUCAAUAAGGAAAAGAAUCUUCAACAAAUGAACAAUUGAUGCUCAUACAGGAUAAGAGCUUUACAAAAUGGACAAUAGACAAAAGCCAAAAGUAGAGAUCCUAGAAAAAAGCAGGAGAAAUUUGCUUGCUGCCUUGGAUAGACAUAAUUCUUUUGGGGAGGGGUGAGGGAUGUGGGCAAUAAUCAUAAGCAGGAAAGGUUUGAUCAAGAUGAAAUUGCUCUUUGAAAGACAGUGGUAAGAACCAAAGGUUCCCAGGUUGUGAGGAAAUGCAUGUAUCUUGCAAAGGCAUAACCAGAAUGCAUAAGUAAUCCUUACAGCUAAAUAAUAACACGCUAAACAGUGUGGCAGAUACUAGGCAGACAAUUUGAAGUAAAUUACUUUAUAACACUAAUAUGUAUAUAGCUGCACCCCAGUCAUCUGGAAUUGCAUUCUGGUAACACAAACUUAUCAGGACAACUUAUGACAACUGCUGCUUUAGUCUUUAUGUCAAUUGCAGUAACCACACUGGAUGUGUCCUCUGACUUUAUUUUUGGGUCAGUUCUGCAGGUACAUGUGGCUUCAUCUGGUGAUGGUCUUCUUAGAGGACCUGUCAGAUAUGGGAACACCUGGGAAUAUGUCUCUGAUCCUUUACAAGAUACCAGGCACUCAUGGUCCCAUCCCAAUGACCCCAUUCAAAGACCUGCCUCCAAAUACUAUUGAUUAAAUUUUGCUUUCUUCAUAAACUAUAAUAGGGAUCAGGUUGCCAUGCGUGAAGUCCAUAAGAGCGUUCUGACUAUGUGCCAACCAACAAAACUGAUGCCAACUGCUGAAGACUUAGACUAACUAGAGAUUGUGUUUAUUGCUCAUAAGAAGGCAAAAAUAUUGCAAGCACUUUAGAAAAGAGUUUGGCAGCUUCUUAUUAAAUACAGACUUACCUUAGGCUCUCUGGUAGUUUGAAUGACAAAUCUCCUGUAUAGGUUCACAUACUAAACAUUCGAUCCCCAGUCAAUGACCUUUGGAAAGGUAUGAACAAAAGGAAUAGAUGUUGAACCUCGGAGGAAGUACAUCACUGAACCGACUUGGAGAGUUUCUAACAUCAUUCCACUUCUACUUUGUGCUCCAUCAUGGUUAAAAAUGAUCUCUCAUCUUCCUACUCUGCUGCCAUCUGUCCUGCCCUCCCCAAACACAGACCAUUAUGGACUCCCUCUGAAACUGUAAGCCAAAAUAAACUCUUGUAGAAGA